AUGUGCAGGCUUCUUAUCUUCAAGGGCGAGCCUAUCGUUCUUGCCCAUCUGAUCACGAAGCCAUCCCACUCUAUCAUCAACCAGGCCUUUGACAGCAGAUUACGAUUAGAUGCCAGACCAGUUAAUGCCGAUGGAUUCGGAGUAGGCUGGUACGAUCCUGAUGUCGAAAACUCAACCCCUUGCGUCUUUCAAGCUAUUACUCCCGCCUGGUCGAAUCGAAAUCUGCAUCGUUUGGCUGAAAAGAUCUGUUCUCCCCUGGUCUUUGCUCAUGUCAGAGCUAGUACUUCAGGAGCGCUGAGUGAAGAGAACUGUCAUCCAUGGAUAUAUGGCUCAUUACUAUGGAUGCACAAUGGUCAUAUCGCUAGCUUCAAGAACUUCAAGCGGGAACUGCAGAGCGGAUUGUCCGAUGAAUUCUUCCACUUUCCUCAGGGCAACACCGAUUCGGAAUGGGCAUUUGCUUUAUUCUUGAAUGAAUUGAGCAAGGUAGCCGAUCCGAAAUCGGUUUCGUUUCCGUACACAUUACUAAAAGAGACGAUGCUCCAGACGAUCAAGCGGAUCCGGGAGCUUUGUAUCCAAGCGGGGAUCACUGAGCCGUCGCUCUUGAACUUUGCGGUCACCGAUGGCCAUAGCGUGGUCGCGACACGAUACGUCAACAGCUCGACCGACGAAGCCGCAAGCCUCUAUUUCUCCACCGGCACUUCCUUCGAGGCCGCUACUGCUCUCGACGGCAGUCCUCGCGUCAACUCCGAUGAAUGCCAGGGCCCUCUCGAAGCCGCUCAAUACCGAAUGAAAAAGUGCGACAAGAGAGAGAGGAUCGUGCUGAUUGCGUCCGAACCUUUGACGUUUGAAAAAACCGAUUGGCUCGAGAUUCCGUGCCAAACGGUCAUCAUCAUCACCCCGAAAAUGAACGUGCUGCAAUUCCCGAUCAUUGACGAGUUCUUUCAACAUACCUUGACUCCUAAUAGGUCCUCGGAUUACGUGAUCGGCAAAGGCCUCCAUUACUUGCCCGUCUGCUCGUCCCCGUCUAAGAUUAGCGCCGGCAAACAACAGUGGCGCAAAUAA